GAGCCCCGUCAGGAUGGGGCUACCAUUAUUGCCUGGCUGUGCUAGCUCUUGCAUUAUUCAACCAAAAGGCAGCCGAGAGUCCGCGUCACUUCGGGCGGCUGCUAAUGUUGGCGAUCGAUCGAAAGAAAGAUGUUCUUCUUCCGUGAUAAAGUCCCCAAUGGCGGACCGAACUGCAUUACCUUGCCGCGAACAGUGCUACUUGUAGUGGCCGGCUUGUUGGCGCUGCUCUUGAGCCACCCCGCAACGAUAGACUGCCAGACUCAAACCACGUCUAGCAGUACGAGACCGUCUUCGAACAGCCCACAGACUGUGCUCUACGUAGCUCCCUGGUCCGAGUCGUUCGCGAAGGAAGAGUUCACGGAAGAUGAAAGAAAUGUAGGCCCUGGCGCAUGCCGCUCGCCGCAGACUGCUUGCGCUUCUCUUUCCGACGCAUUGGCCAUCGCCAGCAUUAUUCGAAGUCGGAACGCAGCCCGAUCACCUGAACUGGACUCCAAAUCGCCAGACCCAGAGCCAGCAGACCCAGAGCUGGCAGAGGUCGGCACAAACACCAUAGUGAUAUACCUAAUGACCAAUCAGAGCUCACGAUGUCGUGUCUCGAUGGGAAGCAACAAUGCAAGCUCGGCAGUGGCCGCGCAUCCGCAAGCGCAGUCGACCUCGUGGAAGCUGAACAAACCUCUCGAACUGACGAAACUUGUGUUGGACGGCAGUAACUUGGCGGAUGGUUGUGAAAGAGCCAUUCUUGUGCCACCAGCCAUAGCCAAGGCAGAACCUGACAAAGAGCGGACUGAUCAGGAGGAAGGGUUCCUCUUUGUCCUCGAAAGAAGCUUCGCUGUGGUGUUCAGACGUAUUGAGCUGAACGAAGAAGAAAGUCUUUUGGCUUCUGCCGCGAAUCGGCCUUUGGCUUUCAUACUGUUGGAGGAUUGUAAGCAGGUAGCGUUUGUUGAGUGUGCUUUCAGAAGUACGUUCGCCAGUCAACAAAACAUCGUGAUCAAGAAUAGCUUCUUCGUGCAGUUCAUCUCUUCGGUGUUUGAAGGACAGGGACCCAGCCAGUUGGAACCUGUUUGCCUCGCACCGGGUAUACAGACAUCCGUUGUGUUCGCUAACUACAGCCAGGGUCAGAACUUACAGCACAUCCCCACAGAUGACGACGAACGUGUCUCUCAAGAGUGGAUCGAUCAAGUAACGCUGGCACUUCCGGACGUUGAUUUCAGCAUUGGCAAUCUCAACAGCCAAGGUCAGUGGUUCGAGCAGCAUCACACACGAUCAACCUGGGGGACUGCUGCUUCCGUCAUUGCUUCACACUUGCUCUUCUUUCAAUGUAAUUUCUCGCGCAUUGAGCCGUACCGAUACCAGCUGAACGAAGAAGGCAUUGGAGCGUUUGAGCAUGGCCCACAGGCCGAAUAUGGGUCUGUGCUGUGGGUACUCAUGGCCUAUGCGAAUACCGGUCAGUCCCUGCAACCCAGUGCUCUCAUCCAGAGUUGCUUGUUUGCUGACAACAUUGCACCUAUGGGCGCCGUCUACAUUCAUUUAUCCGCAGAUCGAGUAAAGCCGCCCAGCAAACUAGACCGCAGUAAUACUGGCGGCGCUCGGAGGCCAGCCUGCCCCCUGUGUAACGUUACCGACAUCUUGUCGUUGGCCAUCAUCAAUACAGACUUUGUCAACAACUCGGCAUACCGCGGAGGCGCCCUUCACAUCGAUAUUGAAAGCGCAGAGUCAUCGGUCAAUGGCAGCGAAGAACUCCUGAUAGCCGACUGUGUGUUUGAGCGCAACACAGCUACAGUGUGGGGUGGUGCCGUUGCAAUACACACCGACCAGUCGUUAGUGCACCCAGGUACUCGACUUGACAUGAGGAACGUCAUGUUCUCCGAGAACACUGCCAGAAACGGUGCAGCAUUGAAGCUUGGUGGUGCCCUGUUGAUCGCAGGCACAUGGCGAGGUUUUGCAGGUAACCAUGGCAACAGGUCUUUACUUCAUCUCCACGAUGCAACCUUCCUGAGCAACUCUGGCUUGGGUAUUGUACUGGUCAAGUCCUCCCGAGUGCACUUCAGUGGGAAGAGUGUGUUCGUGGGCAACAAAAAAUCAGCCAUCGUCUCGGUGGCAGCGAAGAUCGUGUUCCAUGGCAGUGUGCAUGCUGUGUGCAAUUACGGCACAAAUGGCGGUGUCUUUCUAGUGCUGGAGAAGUCGUCGCAGAUUGACUUAUGGCAGGUCAGUGACUUCCUUGUGCUAAAUAACUCAGCGGUCAAGAAGGGUGCGGUGGCAUAUGUGGGCAUCGCUGCCUGCUCUACUUCGAUCCUACCCCGUAAUGCCAAUGCCACAUGCCCGCUUGUUCUCCCAGAGAACUUUCUCCGGAACGAAACUCAGCAGAAGGAUUUCUUGGAGAAAAAUGGCAGGGGAAGCUUGGGACAGCAGCUGACAACGGUCUUGUUCAUGGCCAGCCUUUAUCCAUGCAUGAAAGAGUUCUGGGCCCUAUCCACCAUCUUUUUCCGUGUCCAAGAUCCUCGCUACUGUAUGCCAUAUGGUCCGUCUCACUGGGAGCUACAUGCUGAGUGUGAUGUACGCAAGGAUCCACUCUACUGCGCUGUGGCUGACCAGUUCUCAUCAGAUGGCUCGUGUCACGAAAGCUGCGCUCUUCUGCUUAAUGCAAGUCUUCCGAAGAGAGUCAGCUGUGAUUACAGCAUCACUACUCUAGUCAGUGUGGACCAGUCAGCUGAUCCCAGGGGGUACUAUACAAUGAAGCCCAACACUGGACCAGUGCGGCAGGUAACAGCGGCUGCUACGGAUGUUCUCAUGCCAAACGCUACAGCAAUCACUGAUGGCCCGCAAUGGCAUGACAAUGAUGGUUCCGCUCUGUCACGGUGCCAGGCAGAGUUGAGGGACUUUCAACGCCGCCUUCCGUGCAGAACACGCCACGGCCCCAGUGCAAUGAAUGAACCGGUUCCCGAGCGGAGAGUUAACUCUAAUUAUGCUCCAAGGGGACUUUGCUCUGACUUCCAAGAAAAAUGCAAUGUUUCCAAUGCCUUCUUGUAUCAACCAGACCAGUUAUGUUACAGCUACAAUCAGGGGCUUCUUGUUCGAAAUGAGCGCAUUGAUGAACAUCACAUGAGCAUGCGUGACUCUAUUGAUACCAUGCCAACCUGGCUUGUCUUCAGACAGGCCACGACGUCCUGUUACAAACAGAUUGGUGAUGACAUCUGGUACUUCCACACGAAAUGUCAUUUCUCAGAAAUCUACGAGCGUGUAUUGAACUCAAGCACUCCACUACCGGUGGCAACAGAUUGUAUUCUACUUGAGCUGGCUGAAAAAUACCAACUAUCGAACGGCAUUCCUCUGCUCCCUGUUCUUCCGGGCUACAAGUUUGUAAUUGUUCCCUGGGCGUCAGCCAUCCUGUCCUGGUCCACUUCUCCACAACAAAGUAACAAUAGCCACUGUCGUUGGGAUGAAGCUGGCAGGUUCAAGAAGUCAGCACAGCACAGCAUCAGUAACAUCACGUUGAAUCCUGCACCGGGAGAGUAUUUUGAUUUGUAUAUCAGUGCGUUUGGAGAGAUGCUCAACCGUCUUGAUGUACCGCUACUUGUGCGGGUGGAAUAUGAGAGCAAAGAUGUGCUCCUGGGAACCCCCCAGCAUAUCUACCAAUCAACCAAAAAUGCGUUGCUGUGGUCCGGCUCGGCAGAAAAAAAUCUUGUCCUAUAUGGGCCGCCCGGAGCUCAUGGGUACCUUGAGGUUACCAUACAAGCUCUGUCGACGUAUGGCUCCGCUCAGUCCAAGCCAAUAGAGCUCAAGAUUCCAUUCCGUUUGCGUGACUGUCACCUGGGAUACAGAUGGUCAACGGCAAAUUCAUCUCAGGCACAGGAGUGGGUUAGAGAGUUCAACGUACAUGUACACAAAGACAGCGAGGCUAAUUUCACAGAGCUCCAAAAGCUGACCAUGGAGCGACUGUCAUGCAAGUGUCGAAAUGAUGAAUACACAUGCAACAUAGCAUGUCGCGAAGGAAAACACAUCUCCGUCUCAUCGUACUGCUGGGCUGGGCGCAAUGACAGCACGACUAUUCCUGGGAAACCGUUCAAUUCCUCUGCACUCGACGGUAUUGGCGGUGGCUUUGUCAUAUCGGAAACAGAAUUCCUUGGCAAUGGGAGUGACCCUCUGGGAAGAUUGGACCAGAGUCCAUUCCCGGAUCCCUUCGUGGUGUCUUUCUGUGACAAAGGCACGUGCUCAAAGCAUCCUGGCAAGGACACCUGGCUACUGUGGGAAGAUGACCCCUGCACGGCAGAGUCCAAUGCACGGGGUCUGCUGUGCAGCCAGUGCAAACCAGACUACUCUGUAAACCUUGACCGAGUGGGUUGCUCAGACUGCCGGAAGCACACCAUGCCACUUUCCAUCGCCGUAGUCUGCGUGCUCUUGUUUGUCUUGGCUGUUAUCAUCUUCUUGCUUGCACUGACCAUCAACAUUGGUGUGACGGCCAUUUUAGACACAUGGCUAUUCUCUGUGUUGAUCCUGUACUGCAUUUUCGGGUCCAACGAGACGGUGGCAACAAUGUAUAUCGGUAUCAUCACCUUUGGUCUGUCCAACAUCUGCUUGUCAAACCACCUGACUCAACUGCAAAGACAGAUGGCCAUGCUUGCCUCGCCCUUCAUGACCGUUGUCUGUAUCAUUGCGUUCCUCAUCCUGAGCCGAACAAGGCAUGGGCGCACACUCCGCUUCCUACAACGGUUACAGCAUCGUAAUUCCAUACGCCAUGUUCUCUGGCUUGUCAACCUGUGGUACAUUACUCUGUUUACUUACUCGUCGGCCGUACUGAUGUACUGCAUACCUAUCGGUGGCAGGAGCAGAGAUGGCAAGAGGGUGGUCUAUAUUGACGCCACCGUGACCUGCUUCAGCAAAGAGCAUGCACUGUACGUGGCUGCUGCCAUGAUAUCGGUUGUUUGUUUUGUUCUACCAGUACCAAUCUUACUUGUCUGGCAACCUACUCACCGCUGGCCAGCACUGAUUGGUCUGCUGGAUGAAGCCAAGCAUAUCUACGAACCAUCUUGCCAGUGGUGGGCUACCUACAACAUCAUGAGACGACUGGCGUACAGCAUACUAAUGGCCAUAGUCACUGGUGGACCGCACAAGAGAGCUGCCAUAUUGGUUAUGCUGGUGUUUGAGCUGGCCUUGCAUGGAUAUGUCAGGCCUUUUCGAAGAACAGCCACGCUAUGGAAGCUGAAGAAUUCCGACAACGUCAUCAUGUUUGUGAUGCUGUUCAUAUUGUGUAUAUCUUGUGGCCUUGAGAUCGCUCGGCGAGAACAUAUGGUGUCCCCUCAUUUAUUCGGCCCGUCGUACGUUCUGCCGGUGAGCCUCUUUGGUACGGUAACUUUGAUCCUGCUUGCACUCUAUCUGCAUUGCUUCAUCACCAGUUGGUGGCAUACACUUAGUAAGCAGCCUCGCCAGUGCCUGCGCUCGCUCUGGACUGAUGAUGAUGAUGAUGGUGGUGACUCGCCACAAGUGGAGCCCGACUCUGAGACCUUCAUUGGAGCUGAGCAGGGCUACCAGAGGGCCGGCAUCAGCAGCAUUGCCACCACCGCCGACAGCACUCCUCACAACCAGUCACACCAGUGUGCUGCCAGUCCACGCGCCAUAGCUGGUAGUGCCAUAGCCGGUAAUGCGGCGGCCUGUCGACUUCAUUCCCCCCACCAGGGUCAUGAGGUACCAGUGAGGCAGCGUACCAGUCAGUGGGGCAAUGAUGACACGGUGCGGGAAACGAAGCUCAGAGAGCCACUGCUCUUGGAUCAUCUGCUUUCAGCAUCUGAAGAGUAACCCUGUAACUGUGUUUGCUGCCCCUGUACACAUGUACAGCGAUGCUGCACAAUUGUAUUUACAUUUGCGAGCACUAUAUUUCCAUUUCCGAACACUAUAUUCGCAUUUGCCAUCACGGUAUUCACAUUUGCCGACACCGUAUUCACACUUUGCGGACACUGCAUUCACAUUCUACUAAUAAAUUUCCAGACACACGAGUUCCCAAUCAUGCUAUAUCCGACAGCCGGACACUAACUAGAACAUACGUUGCGUAUCCCUCCCCCGAGUCUACCCGCCCCAAUGCUGGCCACCUGGAUGGCUGCUCCGUCCCGGCCCUUGGCUACCAGUGGCUACUCCCUGCCCUUAAUCAUCAGUGGCUAAUUCUUUGCCUUGGCCCAGAGUGACUUGUCCUCAGUUCCCCUGGCCAACCAGUGGCUGCUUUGAUGGCAAGCCAUUGCAGCUGGCAAUCCCGGUGUCGGAGUUCCUACAUUGUUUCCAUUCAUAGUACCACUACAGUGUACAGUGUAUACAUCUGCUGAUGCUUGGCCUUGACAAGCUAGCAAUGCCAAUCUUGUGCUAUGUUCAAGGUAUAAAUGCACCGGCACUGUGGCCCAUCUCAAUCUGCCUGCUAGAAUACCGCAUUCCGAUCCGGGCAAUUCGAAUCAGCCAAAUUGCAUCAUUACCAGUACUAGUAUAUCGGUACCAGCCAGCCCGGUGAGUGCUGAAUGCUUCAAGUUCCGCACCAUGCACAUGUACAGCCACAAUCUACACAAUGCACUGUUUUGUUUUGGUGCCGGUCUGUCGCGAGCCAAGCGGCUCACGGCCUACAUGUGUAAGCUGGUUGCAAGCUGGUUGUGUUUCCAAUCGAUAAUCCUCUUGAACUGAAUACAAUUUUGUUACUUUAUUCUCAUUUUUGGAUAUGCCGCGCACCAAGCACAGAUUUCUGUUUUGAGUGAUGACUCUGAGCUUCGCAGAGCACUGA